AUGGGUCACCCCGCUCCAGUCGACGUACUGCGCAAGAUGAUCACGACCAACAUGAUCAAGGAUGUGCGAGUCCCUCUCAAGUUGGGUGGAGCAAGUGCAUGCCGCGGGUGUCAACAAGGUGAAAAAGUCCAAAAACCAUUCCCAAGCAACCGCGACAAGCGCAGCUAUGAUAAGUGUGAGCUGCUUCAUCUGGACAUCUGUGGGUCCAUGGAAAACGAUUCGCUCGGUGGUAGCAGAUAUCUGCUACUGAUCAGUGAAGACUACGUCCGGAAGUACAUCACUGUGGUUCAGACGCAGUUCAGUAAGAAGGUCAAGUUUGUGCGACACGACGGAGCUUGCGAGCUCGCAACCAACUCGCUUCAAAUGUUCUACAAAGAUGAAGGCAUUGAACAGCAAACAACGGUGACAUAUGCGCAUCAAACCAACGGAACAGCAGAGCGUGCCAUUUGGACUAUCCUUACGAUCGGCCGCAGCAUGCUUCAUCAUGCCAAACUAGACAAUUGUUUCUGGGCUGAAGCAGCGAUGACGGCCAUCUACGUCAAGAAUCGACUGCCGUCACCUAAAGUCGUACUCAAGAAUACGUUUGAGAUCGUCUACAACUCGACGCCAAGCGUCAAGCACAUGCAAGCAUUCGGGCGCCAGACGUACAUACUGACGCCAAAGGAGAAUCGGCUUAAGUGGGAUCCAAAGGCUCGCACUGGCAUAUUCGUGGGCUACGAAGAAGUGUCGAAGGCGUAUCGAGUUUAUGACAUUGAGGCGGGACAGGUGGUUAUCAGUCGCGAUGUCAACUUCGACGAGUCCACCUUUGGACUUCCGCCGCCGAUCACUGAUGAAGAUGCCGAUGACCUGGACUUCGAGUUGCUUGACCUCAAUGAUGAAGAGCCGCGUCAGGUGGAGUACAAGCAAACAGGCAAGCGCAAAAACCGCCUCAGUGAUGAAGAUACAGCAGCUCCACGGCCACGUGCAGUGCGUCAACGACCUGGACUAGAAGAGUCAACCGCGCUAGAAAACAACUCGUCACGCCAAGAAGAAGACGAAGAAAGGAAGGAUUCUGAUGAAUCAACUCCGCCUGUGUUUUGGCAUGCGAGUGCGAAUGUCGUUGAAACAGCAGCAGACUUAUCAGAGCCCUACACACUUGAGGCUGCAGUGAGCGGCCCUGACCAAGUGCACUGGCAAAUGCCAUUUAUGCGGAACUCGAGUCGAUGCGCCUUCGCGGGUUUCCGCCAAAAAUAUGGCAUCGACUACACGGAGACAUUUUCAUCCGUGGUCAAGUAUGUGACGCUGCGAAUGGAGAUCGCAAUUUCCAAUAACUUUGGAUGGCCCAUCGACCAGCUUGAUGUGAUGACGGCUUUCCUGUAUGGCGUCAUGAAGGAACAAGUGUUCUGCGCGAUUCCUGAAGGCUUUGAACUUGAUAGUACGUUCGAUUGCCUGGAAUUGAUUAAGUCAAUUGUGGCCCCAAGCAAGCGUCGCGAGUGUGGAACGAGACGUUCGACGAGUUUGUGUGCUCCAUUGGAAUUCAAGUAUCGGACUUCGACCCAUGUCUCGAGAUCAAGACUUCGGUCGGCCAUUGUGUAUUUGUACUGGUCUACGUGGACGACGUCUUGGUGA